AUGAUGCCUAUAAGUGAAAACAAUAAUGAUGAUGACGACUGGGAAUUACAUCCAUUAUUUUUAUCAAAAAUUCCAAACAAAAAGGAUAUUGAUAAAAACCAUGCUCUUUCUGCUUUAAUAACUUUAAUUAAUGAAGAAGAAGAAAAAGAAGUAUUUAAUUAUGAACCAAGAAGAAAAAAUCUAAAAAAAAAAAUAACAGAAAAAGGGGAAAUUAUUUAUAAAAAAGAUAGAAGAAAUUUUUAUGAGCCUUAUCAAAAUAUAAAAAAUAUAAAUAAUUUUGAAAAACAAAAAUUCACGAAUAAUGUAGACCUUAAUAAACAGGACGAAUCUUCAAACAAUGCAGAAGAAAUUGAAACUAUCUCAAAUGUAAAUGUAAGUAGCAACAACAAAAGCACAGAAGAAACAUCCAUAGGAGAAGUAUUAGUUUGCUUGUCUAUGAUAAAUUUAAAGUAG